AUGAACAACUCUACCUAUGUCUUUGACAAGGGCGCGUGCCAAGCAUUGUUGGAGGGAGAAGUUUUUGAUAUUUUGAGAGUUGUGAACUACGUAUGUGUGAUUGUUACUUCUCUGGCUGGUAUUGUUGGGAACAUACUGAAUAUCGUCAUAUUUAGACGCCAAGGCUUUAGGGAUGGCACCGUCUUGUCCCUGCUGUGCCUUUCCGUCACUGAUCUGAUGUGCAGCCUGACGUCUCUCGUGGGCACGUUGGGAUUCCUCAUCAACUGGGUGCAAGUCCGCAGACAUCACAGCACAUUGAAGACAAUCUCCUCCAUCCUGAUGGGCUUUCUCCGCACCGGCUUCUCACAAAUGUCCAUGUUCACAACGGUCAUCUUGUCGUUGGAGAGAUGCCUUUGCGUGGUGAAACCUUUGACCUUUAAGAAGCUGCUCACGAGACGUCGGACGGUGAUCAUGCUCGUCCUCGGCCACCUGGAGACUAUCGUGACCUACUUUCUGCUAUUGGGUAGUUGCCGUUACUCCUGGACGUUCGACCCCUCCGCGAACGCCACCAUCUUCAAGAGGAGUGAUACGAAAGCUUACAAAGAAGUGCUCAAAGUGCACUCCAAUCUCAACGGAUUAGUUGUGACCUUGACCGUUGUAACAGUGAUCAUCUUCACUUCGUGCGUCACAAUUUUCAGUCUCAAACGUGCGUCAAGAUUCAGACUUUCCGCUCAGUCAAACUGGGCCCAGGUCAAGGUCCAUAUCAUGUCCUUCGUCCAGUUCCGUGUCAAAUACUAA